UUUGUAGAAUAGGUUGUUGGGUUUAGACAAUAAACUUUAUUUAAAACAUAACAAUAAAAGUAAGUAAUGAAUACAAAUAAACUAAUAGCUUUAAUAUCAAUACCGAUUACUUCAUGAUUUAACUUAAAUACAAGUAAACAAAACAAAUUAAUGUCAUCAUGGAGUUUUAACAUCAUAAUUUUGUUCCUGAUACGCUACCCCGGAUUUAGUUAUAUUUCGUUUUUCUACUCUUUGGGCUCAUAAUUCAAUAGGCCUAGUUGUCUACGUUAAAUUUUUUGAAGCUCUGUGUUCACACUUUACGAUCGUAAACAUAAUAACAUAAACAGAGGAAGAAGAACAUUUGUUUGAAGUUUAGUUUUUUAAUUAUUUAUUUAAUAAUUAACAAUAUGAUUGUACCCGGCUCAGAAAAUCUUUAUUCCGAUGAUUCUGAAGAUGGUGCUGUAGAAAUAGACAUUUAUGUUCGAAAAUAUCAGUUACUGUUGGAACGGUGUGAAGUGCUGCAACAGGACAAUGAAAGGCUUGUCAACAGAAUACAGCAGGUCAAGAAGCUACUGCGGAGGUAUAGACGAGAACGAUUGUUUCUGAUGGAUCGUCUAGACCAGCAUGGAGACAACUGGAGGUCAAUACCUCUACCAGUGGAGUUGGAUGAACCUAUAGACCUCCCAUUCACACAACCUGUCGCAAAACCCAAGGUUAUCUCCACCCCGGCUCCAGUCACAGAGAAGGCCCCUACCUCGAGUCGGGGCAAGGGACAACAAGCAGGGGCAGGUGGGUCUGUACCUAAACGGAAGGCUCCAAAAACACCUGCAGACCCUAACGCGCCCAAACGACCUGCAAAUCCCUUCUUCCAGUUCUGUCAGGAACAGAGAACCCCAGUGUUGGAGAGUCUGGUGGCACAGGGACUUGGAGAGCCAAGCAAACAAGAGGUUACCAAGCAGUUGGCUGUGCGAUGGAAUGCUCUCUCCACUGGAGAGAAAAAGAUCUAUUAUGACAUGUAUGAAAAAUCAAAGGAGCGCUACGCUGUGGAUAUGCAGCUUUACAGCCUGAACAAAGCCUCCAAACCAUAAAAGAAAAUGAAAAUGUAAAGCUAUUUUGUUACUUGUAUUACUGUGAUUUGUGUUUUAUUAAAUUUAAAUGGAAUGACUUACAAAAGUUUUUUUAUAUUUUUACACUACAUA